AUGUCGGCAAAUAUCAUCCGUGAUAGCAUUGACCAGCAUGUCCACACUGGCCUCUGGACAGAUUGGUCGAAUGGACCUGUCCUCGGUCGAACACUCACCAUGUCUCGUUCGAACGGCAAUCUUCUUAUCGCAUUUACCGCAUCUUUCGUCGCUUUUGUGGCUACCUGUUUCUGGAGGAUUCUCUGCCUAGCUAUCCACAGAUGCUGUUCUUCUCAAGAUCCUAGAAACGCUCUUCACGGCCAGCGUCAGGUCAUUCUACGCAACUCCUCCAGCGCCGAGAGCGGAUUGAUCUCGCUUGUGCGUCUUUCCUGGGCGUGGCGUCACUUGGGUCCCCGUCGACUGCUUCACCUGCUCUUUCUCUCCUGUCUCGCUGCCACGAUCGCAGCGGCAUUUACCGUCGCCGGUGGCUUUUCAUCUGUAAUUUCUUCUGCGGUUGAAGAUGUUGUCUUAAUUGAUAGCUCCAACUGCGGCUUCAUUGGUGCUCCAACCAAUGCUUCAUUGAUUGGGCCAAGCCUCAUGUUCAUCUCGGAACAGUUGAACAGCGCUGCGAAUUAUGCUCAACAAUGUUACUCGUCUAACAGUUCCGGAGUUCUUGGAUGCUCGCGUUUCGUCAGAGACAAAAUCCCGAAACUUACAAUGACAAAUACCUCGUGUCCAUUCGAAAACGGCCUUUGCCGGUCAAAUGAUUCAAACAUAAUGCUGGAUACGGGACCUAUCAACACUAAUGACGUUUUAGGACUGAACGCGCCAGAGGGAGAAAGGUCUUCCUACAGAUCUGUGCUUUCUUGUGCACCGAUAGUAACGGACGGAUAUGCGACCCAGAGAAAUACCUCCAAUGGCAAUUUUGUUCAGUACAACUAUGGACAGCUUAGAAUGGGGUCCCUUGAAAACCAGACAAUGGUUAACUACACUUUGGAGACAAAUGAUCUAGAAUCGCAAUAUUCGCGAUCGAGAGAUCCUAAUUCCUGGUCCGGCUUCAACCAUAGACUUCGGUGUCAAUCCUCAGCUACUAUCAACGGCCAACCUUCCUUCAAUAACAACCACCAUGGGUGGAUUCCACUACCCGGUUUGCAGCGUCCAGAUGGCGACGUCACACUGGCUUUUCUUUCUGGAGAUGGUAUCGUUUAUAAUCAGCCCACCGAAGACAUAUGGUAUCGCGCAUCUGUUCCUGGUGUCUCCAAAGCCACUAAAGGCGCUUAUGGACAAGCACAGUCAUAUAUGCCAGAUGAAGCAGCAUCUCCGCUUGGCUGCGUUGAACAAUAUCAAAUCUGCAAUUUGGCACUGCCCAAUAAUUCUGGUUGUGGGCCGUUGGCAAGCUUCUACGAUGCAAUGGCUGGCGCUGCGCCAUUUUUUAAUUUCACGAGCCAAGAAUGGUUGCACUACUGGGAAACCGGUACUAUACCACCAGAAAAUCGAGCAGCAGCUCGUCUUACUUGGAUCUUUAUGAUGUGGACUUUCGAACCUGUGACACUCAACAAUAUCAUCACGAAGAUGGGGGCAAGCAGUCUCAUAUCACAGUCCCAGCUAUACGGCGGCACCCAAUACGGGUUGCCUUCGAAUCAAUGGCAAAGCGAUGUGGCGCACUGCGACGCAGCGCUGGACGAUUUUCGGUUCUUGCCCGACGGUAGUAUACAAGAAGAAUUUUGCAACAGCCAGAAAAUCCGGAGUUCAAGUUACACUUCCUUCAGUGCAUUUGGUUUAUGCUUCACCUAUGUCACUGGGGGGCUGAUUAUCCUUAUCUCGGUAAUCAUUGAGCCUAUCUUGAGCCUUUUCUACAAGAAGUAUGGAUACCAGAGAUAUCGCCAACUAGAGUGGACAACGAACCAGCAACUACAGCUCCAUCGUCUCGUGCAUGAGCCAUUGGGACAUGGCACAUGGUCAAGGGGUACCGAAUUCGUCCCUAUUACGGAAAAGGACGAGUUCUUGGGCGAGUUGGACGUUUCUACGGACCAUCCCGUCAUUGCAAAACCAAGCUCCAAGACUGAGUAUCAGGCUGGAAGCGGCGACAACACAUUGUCAGGAGAUCCGGCAUUGAAUGGCGAGGAAGAUGCCCAGAGUGACGAGCAGACAAUAAUCGACGGGCGCACUGGAAGACAGACACCAGAUGGAGAAGUAGCACCUCGGGAAGACGGUUUACCAAGGGACACUACAACGCGCAUCGAUGAGAGGGUUUCAGCUCCACAAUCUGCUGAUAGAUUAUCGUAUCAUGACGACUAUAGUAGAGCCGACGCUCCUGGGACAAUUUCUACUUCAUCUUUCAGUCAAGUAUGA